AUGUCUCUAAAUCAGGUCUGGGAAGCAGCCUCUGCAAGCCCUUAUACUCCCCUCAUCGCGAAAGAUAGCCAAUUCACUGUCGGCUUCACCCUCCUUCUGCUUGCUUUCAUUUUGACUGGUCUUUUCGGACUGAACCGGUCGUUCCUGAGCAUUGCGACGUUCGGUAUCCCUGCAUCUUUAGCUUUCGGCUUCGGAGCUGUGUAUAUGAUUUGUGCCGUCGGAGUUUACGUUUAG